AUGGCUUGCCCCUGCGAUGAUUGCACCACCCUCCAGAAGGCCCGCAACUACGUCGAUCGCAUCGACCUCCUCAAGCUCUGUCAGACGGAGGAGAAGGAGAAUUUCGAGGUCGCCCUAGCCCUCAGCUCCGCCGACGACCAACUCACGAAGGCGCAAACGAUUCUGACCAAGCAACACCUCCGCGCCGCGAAGCGCGCUGUCGCUACCCGCAAGAGCAUCAACGUCUCGCCUAGCAAGUCCAGUGAGAAGGAGGGCAGUCGCGAUGGUGCGACCGUGGCCCAUAGCAAGAACAGCUCCAACGGAUCCAAUGGUGGAGCGGCCGUGGGUGAAGGUGCAGUGACGGCUAAGCAUGGCGAGGCGGGCAUGCUCUCGUCUGGUCAUCACGGCGCCCUUGUUCUUCGCGAGAAUGAGAACAUGCGCGAGAAGACGAACUCGCCAGCAGCGAACUCUCGCGGCGGCACGCCAGCGCCAGCGGUGGCUGUAGGAGCAGACUGUCGCAAGACGAGCACGUCAUUCACCGCUCAAGACAGUCUUCUCGCCCUUCGUCUGAAGGACACUCCAUUCGGAAAGACCAUCUCGCCACCAGUCGAGACCAACAGUGGCAAGAACACUCCAUCUCCACCGAAGCGCGAGAACAACACGACUCCACAGCACAUUCGCCAAGUCUCGACCACCAGCCAUGCCACCAACCCAUGGGCAGAGCUUUUCUCACCGGUCGAAGUCUCCGAGCCGUUCGAAGAGCACGUUCGCUCGAUUGCGAAGGACCUAGGUAUUUUGCGUGGUGUCAACGUGGCAGAUGCUGGCGCUGGGGUCGACGACUCACAGUAUGCGACAGACCACUACAACUACAACUACGACCACGAGGUCCAAGACCCAGAGCUCAAGUCGAGGUUCGUCGUCUGCGACCACUGCCGCGCCCACGGCCUGCGCUGCAACGAGGCCUCGGUCUGCAAGGAGUGCAUCAUCCGCCUCGUCCCAUGCACCCACCGCAAGUGCGACUUGAGCCCCUUCAGCAAGGACACCUGCCCGCGCAAAGUCUGCUUCUACGUCCACGCCGACCACAUGCCCGACAUCCACGGCGAGCAGAACCCCAACGACCCCAACUGGAUCGUGCUGCCCGGCAAGCUGCGCGAUCACCUCUCCGCCGGCGCCAUCAGCAAGAUGAUGCCGCUGAGCCAGAACGAGAUCAUGCGCUGCUUUGAGAACUACGAGCGUCGCCAGCAGCGCGGGUUCGCCGACAUGCAGAAGAUUGUCGCCAGCGGCCAGGCCACCUGGGAGACGGUCAUGUUGGCGUGUCAGUGCCGCGAGAUUGAGCGUGAGCAGCAGCAGCAGAAGAUUGCGGAGGCGGAGACUCGUGAGUUGGAGGCGAUGGCUCGGGCUCAGGGCAUCCGCUUUUGA